AGGACUUGGCUAAGAGUGCGGCCGCUCACUUGCUGUCACUUGCAAAACAAGCUCCUCUACCAGGGAGACACAGGAGAACCAGCAUGUCCGACCAGUCGGCCUUUGACACAAAUGUAUGGACCCUGACUCGGUUCGUCAUAGAGACCGGGCGCCAGGCCAAGGGGGCGACGGGUGAGCUGACCCAACUCAUCAACGCCAUGCUGACGGCCAUCAAAGCCAUUUCCUCUGCUGUGCGCAAGGCAGGCCUGGCCCAUCUACAGGGCCUGGCGGGCUCUGUGAACGUGACAGGGGACGAUGUGAAGAAGCUGGACGUGCUGUCCAACGACCUGGUCAUCAACAUGCUGCAGGCCUCUUACAGCACGUGCUGCAUGGUUUCUGAGGAGAACGAGGGACUCAUCAUCACUCCCAAGGACAAGAGGGGGAAGUACGUGGUCUGCUUUGACCCUCUGGACGGCUCCAGUAACAUCGACUGCUUGGCUUCUAUCGGCACCAUAUUUGCCAUUUACAAACGGACAUCAGAUGGGGAGCCCACAGAGAAAGACGCCCUGCAGCAGGGCAACAACAUCGUCUGUGCCGGCUACGCCCUCUACGGCAGCGCCACCCUGGUGGCUCUCAGCACUGGAGCUGGCCUCAACUUCUUCAUGCUGGACCCUGGUAUCGGUGAGUUCAUCCUCACUGAGAGGAACGUGAAGAUCAAACAGAAGGGAAAGAUCUACAGUAUGAAUGAAGGCUACGCCAAAUACUUCCACCGCUCCAUCAACGAGUACCUGAAGCACAAGAAAUACCCAGAGGAUGGAAGUGCUCCCUAUGGAUCCCGCUAUGUGGGGUCAAUGGUCUCAGAUGUUCACCGCACCAUCGCCUAUGGAGGGAUCUUCAUGUACCCCGCCAACGAGAAGAGCCCAAAGGGGAAGCUGAGGCUUCUGUACGAGUGCAACCCCGUCGCCUUCCUCAUCGAGCAGGCGGGAGGCCUCGCCACCACCGGCACCCAGAGGAUACUGGACGUCCAGCCUGAAGCGCUGCACCAGCGGGUGCCCUUCGUGGUCGGCUCCCCUGAUGACGUCAACGAGUACCUGUCGUUUGUCAAGAAGUUCACUUAAGGCUGAGAAAAGCUUUGAUGAAGACCAGAUCUCCAACAAUGAGUGUCUGUGCUGUUCAUGGCUCUGUGGUGUGCGACGUUACAAGUCGUCCAAUCUUAAUCAUUGUAUAUAUAUUAGAAUGCAAAUCAUUCAGGAGGAUCAGUAAUAAAGUUAUAGUGACUAUUCUAUAUAUAUAUAUUCUAUAUAUCAGCCAUUGUUGUUCAAAUCCUUAACCUGACACUAUUAUUAACCCUGGUUGUUUUGAGCAAUACGUCUAUUUGUUAAUCUGACCUUCAGAUGUUGUGUCACCUUCAAUUUCUCAGCUUAUGUCAACAGCUCAGGUCCCAGCCCGAAAUCCUUUCCACCUACCCGUGACCUGACCAGUCGUGGCGUCUGUUACAAGACUGACAAACUUUGUUUUUGUCUCUGUUGUCUCUGUAGCAACAUCAGUAGAAACAGUUGAAUUACAGUUUACAAAAAUGUAAACGAUAGCCUGGCGUUGGAUCAUACGGAUGAAGGGGAGACAUUAGAGCCGCAUUGUUAGAUCAAAACAUUUGGGAGAUAUUGUAGUAUGAUGAAGUGGAAUGACUGAUAAUGUGAACGCCUGUAGCAAUAACAGAAAUAUUAUCUUCAUAUUAUCAAACAAUUGCAUGUCUUUACUAAACCCUGCACUUGCUUGUGUAGCCAUUUUUGAUUGUUUGACAAUGAAUCGUGCAGCCCUAGUAGUUAUGUUUACUUUUAUAUGAAAAUGUUUGUGAGUGAGCGUGAAGAUUUUCCACUUGUCGUCCAAAUAAAAAGAAUAAAAACA